GAUCACUGAUUGGUCGAUCUCGAAACACAUGCGACCGCCCGCUCGAAGCGAGUCUUUUCUCAAAUAUUUAGAAUGGCGGCUGGUCGAGCCUUUCUCAUCUCCCUUCUAAAACGUUCCGAAACCUCCCUAACAACACGGGGAGCUUUUAUUGGAACUCGGGCUGUCUCAACCUCCCCGGUUGAUCCACAACGAACAGCCGCCGAGCAUUUGGUAGAUCCUGAGCAACAGGUUAAAGAUCAGCAGAGGCGCAAUGAAGAGGCAGGGAAUUACACAGAGUUAGUGCGAGACUUCUUGGAUCCCAAGGAUUUUUAUAAUGCUAUGCGUCAGCACAAUAUGGACUUUUUCUGUGGUGUUCCCGACUCCUUGUUAAAAGACUUCUGUGCAUACGUGGCGACAGUUACACCCAAAUCGCACCAUGUUAUCACUGCGAAUGAAGGGCAGGCCAUAGCCCUUGCAUCCGGGUAUCAUAUGGCCACAGGAAAGUCUGCCGUUGUCUACUUACAGAACUCUGGUAUUGGCAAUAUUGUCAAUCCUCUGAUGUCGCUGGCAGUGAAUGGUGUUUACAGCAUCCCAAUGUUAUUGCUGGUGGGCUGGAGAGGAGAACCUGGUAAACGUGACGAGCCCCAGCACGUAGUUCAAGGCCAAGCCACUCCAGGAAUACUGGCAUCUUGUGGAAUUCCUUUCCAAGUCCUUCCUGACUACCAAGAGGGUGCAGAACAGGCCCUGUACACCGCCCGCAAACACAUGGAGACAACCAAGAGCCCCUACUGCCUACUGGCCCGCCGUCAGAACUUCCUUCCCUUCAAGCUCAAUGAUGGACCAGAUAAGUACCCCUUGAAUAGAGAAGGCGUGUUGAAGGUGUUGGUGGACAAUUUGCAUGAUCGCGAUGUGGUGGUUGGCACCACUGGUAUGCUGUCCCGAGAGCUGUUUGAGUACCGGGUGGAGAAGAAACAAGGCCAUGAGAAGGACUUCCUGACCGUCGGCUCCAUGGGCCAUGCGUCGGCCAUUGCUCUUGGCAUUGCAAAGUUCAGACCAAAGAGACAGGUGUUCUGUCUGGAUGGUGAUGGUGCAGUGCUGAUGCACAUGGGUGCUCUGUCCACAGUUGGAAGCGAAGGAAGUGCCAACCUCAAACACAUCAUUAUCAACAAUGGCUGUCAUGACUCUGUAGGGGGUCAGCCCACAGACGCUGCCAAUGAAAACUUCAGUUUCACUGCUAUUGCAAGUGCAUGUGGCUAUAAAACGGUGAUGGAAGCCAGCGAGCCAGCGGACAUUGCCGCCAAGGUGAAAACCAUGCGCGAGAUGGAAGGACCUGUACUGCUGGAGAUUAAAUGCAAUAAGGGCGGUAGAAAAAACCUUGGACGACCCACAAGGACGCCUAAACAGAACAAGAAAGACUUCAUGCAUUUCCUGGCAAUCGACCACUAAAGCUGUGUCUUUCUACACUAUACCAAUUGUAUCAAUACAAAUAAUCAGAUUUUUAGGCGGUGACAUUCUUUUAAUAUAUUGGAAGUCUAGAGAACUGAGACGCUGGGCAUCACCCACAUUCAGGAGUGGAUGAUACCCAGAGUUAUAGAAUAGUAAGCAAGAAUGAAAAGCACCAUCUCGACCCAGUAAAACCCUGUCCCAUGGAGAUAAUGGAGAUGGGUAUGGCAGUUUUGUAUUUGAUAGGUAUGUGGUACUACUGCUACAUAGAUUAUGGUGAUGAUAAUGAUGAUGAUGAUGGUGAUGAAAGUAAGGAGGUUGAUGGUAAUGUUUGUAUUGGCGGUGAUGAUGACGGCGGCGACGGCGAUGAUUAAGAUGGUUAUAUGAUAGUAGUAGUGUUGUUAUUUGCGAUGAUGAUAGUCGUAAUAGUGAUGGUAAUGUUGGUAUUUGUGAUGAUGAUGAUGAUGGUGAUGAUGAUUGCUUAGUUUGGGUAUACCUUGAUAACAGAAGGUACAGGGUAGUCUUUAAAACUAGUUUCAUCAUUUUAGUGGCUAGCGGGAAAGGGCGUGGCUAGCGAGGGGAGUAGGGCUGGUUUGUCCCAGCUCGGGUGGACGAGUGCACAUAAUGCCUCGGGGUAUUCUUUGUGUAAUUAUUUGUGAUCUCAUAGGACAUUUCAUUCAAUGUAUUCAGAAAUAAAAAAAAGAAAAGAAA